AUGAAUCCCAUAAUUUCGUUCUCCGUUGGCAAUGCUUCGAUUAUUCCUGGAGUUGCGUAUUCGACAAGGAAGAAUAACUCCUUAACCAGACUCAGUUUUUCGAGAAGUUCUUUAAAACAAGGAUUGUCAACUCGGAGAUUUCUCUUUCCUUCAUUUGUCGCCAAUCGAGUGUUCCCGCAGAACAAGCGGAUAUGCUCUUAUCGUAGAAAAUCUAGAACCUCCAUAUCCGCCACAGAAACAGAAGUACCCGUGGAGGUAACAGGUUCAGCUGUUGCAGAUGAAGUUUCGAGUGAAUCUCCUUCAGUUGAAGUUGUAAAAAGCGUAGAUUCAUCUCCUAAGUCCGAUGCGAACACUAGUUCUGCAAAAGAAAAACGUUCAAGACCGGGGAGGAAAAGUGAUUUUCCGCCUGUAAAGAAAGAGGAAUUGAUUCCAGGUGCAGCUUUUACAGGGAAAAUAAAAUCUAUCCUUCCGUUCGGUGCAUUUGUUGAUUUUGGAGCUUUCACUGACGGACUCGUUCAUAUAUCUAUGUUGAGUGAUAGCUACGUAAAGGAUGUUGCGAGUGUUGUUUCUGUUGGACAAGAAGUGAAGGUGAAGCUGAUUGAAGUGAACAUGGAAACUAAGCGUAUAUCUCUCUCUAUGCGUGAGAAUGCUGACACUGGCAAACGUAACGACGCACCAAACACUAGGGACCCUUCAAACUUUGGUCCAAGGAAAGACGGUAUGAGGAAAAAUACAAAAUUUUCGGUGGGUCAGGAAUUGACGGGUAGGGUGAAGAAUAUGACAAGGAGUGGUGCUUUUAUAUCUCUUCCGGAAGGUGAGGAGGGAUUUCUACCGUUUAGUGAGGAGGAUAACGGUGGAUUCACGAAUGUAAUGGGAAAAUCUUCGUUGGUGGUUGGUCAAGAAGUUAGCGUACGAGUUUUGCGUAUCACAAAAGGAAGUGUGACGUUGACUAUGAAGAAGGAAGGAGCUGUUGAAGAAUUGGAAAAGCCAUUUACACAGAAAGGGAGUGUGGGUGUUGGGCCAAACUCUUUUGCACUGGCUUUUCGUAAAAAUAAGGAUAUUGCUAAAUUUUUGGAUGAGAGGGAGAAAGUUCAAAGUGAAGCUAAAUCAUCAACUACAGAAACCGAGGAAGACGUGGGAACUAGUUCAUUGGUCGGUUCAUCAACAACUGUUGCGGAUGAUGAAAGCAGUCAAGGAAGUAUUAUAAAUGGUGACACUGAGAAGGAAACGGAGGAAGCUUCUGUAAGUUUGGCUUCUGAAGAGGAUAUAUCUGUAGUAAAUCCAAUAGUCGAGGAAGCUAUUCAGACAGAUAUCACAGCAAGCGAUGUAGAAACUGGCUCACCAGUUGAAGCGACCGACGAAAAUGUAAUAGAAAGUGUAGUUGAUCAAGUUGUCACGGAAGAUGAAAAACAAUCAGAAACUGAUAAUGAAAAAGAAGAAGUUGUAGCUGCAACGCAGACAGAUAGUGAUGCAGUUGAGCUUGUCCCCGUUGUUACAGAAACAGACAUUACAUCAAGUGCACCUGAAUUACCUCAAGAAACAGAAGUAGAUGACAAUGUUGGUGCUGUUCCAGAGAACAAUGAGAGUGAUUUGUCUCCCGAGGGAAGCUUGAGUAAAGAUGGAACCGAAGAAAACAAUCAAAUUCCUUCUCCUGAAAGUCCUGCCACUGAAGAAGUGCAAGAAGAACAAACACUUGUAACAGCACAAGUUGAAAGUCCUGCCACUGAAGAAGUGCAAGAAGAACAAACACUUGUAACAACACAAGUUGAAAGUCCUGCCACUGAAGAAGUGCAAGAAGAACAAACACUUGUAACAGCACAAGUUGAAAGUCCUGCCACUGAAGAAGUGCAAGAAGAACAAACACUUGUAACAGCACAAGUUGAAAGUCCUGCCACUGAAGAAGUGCAAGAAGAACAAACACUUGUAACAGCACAAGUUGAAAGUCCUGCCACUGAAGAAGUGCAAGAAGAACAAACACUUGUAACAGAACAAGUUGAAAGUCCUGCCACUGAAGAAGUGCAAGAAGAACAAACACUUGUAACAGCACAAGUUGAAAGUCCUGCAACUGAAGAAGUGCAAGAAGAACAAACACCUGUGGCAGCACAAGUUGAAGAGGUUGCAAUUGCAUCCGAGACAAACAGCUCCUUAUCUAGUUCUAAUGAACAAACCGACGUUACUGCUUCAGAUGAAGUCCUGAGUAAAGCAACUAUAUCACCAGCUCUUGUGAAGCAACUCCGAGAUGAAACCGGAGCUGGAAUGAUGGACUGCAAAAACGCUCUAUCAGAGAGUGAAGGCGACAUUACUAAAGCACAAGAGCUCCUUAGGAAAAAAGGCUUAGCAAGCGCAGACAAGAGAGCAGCCAGAGCAACUGCUGAAGGAAAAAUAGGUUCUUACAUCCACGACAGCAGGAUUGGUGUUUUGGUAGAAGUAAACUGCGAGACAGAUUUCGUCUCCCGAGGUGAAAUUUUCAAAGAGCUAGUUGAGGAUAUAGCCAUGCAAGUGGCUGCGUGUCCUCAAGUAGAGUACAUUGCUACUGAAGAUGUUCCUGAGGAAAUCGUGACUAAAGAAAAAGAGAUAGAAAUGCAGAAAGAAGAUCUUGCAUCAAAACCGGAGCAAAUAAGAUCAAGGAUUGUUGAAGGACGGAUAAGGAAAAGACUAGAGGAUUUGGCUUUGCUCGAGCAGCCCUACAUCAAGAAUGAUAAAGUGCCCAUAAAGGAUUGGGUCAAGCAGACAAUUGCAACUAUUGGAGAAAAUAUUAAAGUUACGAGGUUUGUGCGGUUCAACCUCGGCGAAGGUUUGGAAAAGAAAAGCCAGGAUUUUGCUGCUGAAGUGGCCGCACAAACUGCAGCAAAACCAGUGACUACACCGGUGAAAGAGGAGCCUGCUGCUGCCGAAGUCAAGGAGACUGAACAAAAGAAAUCAACAGUAACGAUCUCGGCCUCAUUGGUUAAGCAAUUAAGGGAAGAAACCGGUGCGGGGAUGAUGGACUGUAAGAAAGCUCUUGCUGAAACCGAAGGCGAUCUUGAAAAGGCGCAAGUAUACCUCAGGAAAAAGGGUCUCUCAUCUGCUGACAAGAAAUCUGGAAGACUAGCAGCUGAAGGAAGAAUCGGUACAUACAUUCACGAUUCACGCAUUGGAGUUCUAAUUGAAGUGAACUGUGAAACCGACUUUGUUGGCAGAAGUGAGAAAUUUAAGGAACUGGUCGAUGAUCUUGCAAUGCAAGUUGUGGCUUGUCCACAGGUUCAGUUUGUAUCUAUUGAAGAUAUACCAGAAACAACCGUGAAGAAGGAAAAAGAACUCGAAAUGCAACGAGAAGACCUUGCUUCGAAACCCGAGAACAUAAGAGAGAAAAUUGUUGAAGGAAGAAUCUCAAAGAGGUUAGGAGAGCUUGCUCUUCUAGAGCAGCCUUUCAUUAAGGAUGACAGUGUUUUGGUGAAAGAUUUGGUUAAACAAAGUAUAGCUGCCAUUGGAGAGAACAUUAAAGUGCGGCGUUUUGUUAGGUUCACUCUCGGAGAGACAGUUGAAAAAGAAACAGUUGCAGCAUAG